AUGGCGGCCAUACAUAAUCACUACCUAUUAUAUUUACUCCUGAGAAGAAGAUCUUUGCUGCUGCACUCAUAUCGUAGAAAACAAAAAGUUAAGAGAAAGCGUGCUAGGUUUUGGGUUCGUAAACUUUACGAGGAACGGCGACAGAAGGGCGAAUACGAAUUACUCGUACGAGAUUUACAACUCUAUGACCAUGAAAUGUUCUUCAGCUACUUCGGAAUGCUUCCAAGCACUUUUGAAGUGCUGCUUAAACUUAUUGGUUCUGAUAUAAAGAAAAAUAUCACCAAAAUGAGGAAACCUAUUGGCCCAUCUGAGAGGCUGUGUGUUACACUUCGAUAUUUGGUUACCGGUGAUGCACAUUCAACAAUUGCGGCAAAUUACAGAAUAAGUCCUACAACUGUGGGUAGGAUAGUAAAAGAAACCUCUCAUGCAAUCUGGAACAAUUUGGUGAGGUUAGGUUAUCUAAAAGUCCCAUCUAACAAAACUGCUUGGGAGAAAGUUGCUUAUGAGUUUGAAAAUCAUUGGAAUUUCCCAAAUGCAAUUGGAGCAAUAGAUGGAAAGCAUGUUCAAAUGUUUGCUCCUGCUGGAGCUGGAUCUUCUUUCUUUAAUUAUAAGAAGACGCACAGCAUUGUAUUACUAGGAGUUUGUGAUGCUAAUUAUAAAUUUAUUUUAGUUGACAUUGGAGAUAGUGGCAGACAAAGUGAUGGUAGUGUCUAUGCAAACAGUAAUUUAGGACAUGCCAUAGAGAAUAAACUCCUUAAUAUACCAGGAGAUAGGAGAAUAACAAACUCUUCGAAAGUGUUGCCAUUUGUCUUUAUUGGAGAUGAUGCAUUUGGUUUGAAGCGGCAUAUGAUGAAGCCAUAUCCUUUUUCCAACUUAUGUAAGCAGAAGCUUGUUUUUAACUAUAGAUUGAGUCGAGCUAGAAGAGUAAUAGAAAAUACCUUUGGUAUAUGUGCCAGCCGAUUUAGAGUAUUUUACAAACCCAUUGUUGCAAAAGUGCAAAAUGUUAUUGCCAUUACAAAAGCUGUAGUUGCAUUGCACAAUUUUUUGAUGAAAAUAAAUGAUGAUGAUGAUUUGCACUGA